GUUUUGAGACAAUUUGCGCGCACAUGAAGUGCUCAGUUAUGUGGCUUUCGAUGAUUAUUCUCUCGUCGCGAAUAAAUCGAUAAAAUAGAUCGAAGAGUGGGAAGAGUGCAGAGCAUUGCAAACACACAGACAGAGCGCCUAAUGUCGAGCGGAGGAGUACUGAGUGGUUAGUAGUCAACUGUAGUGUCAAUCCACACAAUUACUUGCCGUAGAUUUAGUUGGCGCUCACAUUUAGUGAAUAUUUAGUUCAACAAUGAGAUUUAUUGCACUUUAUUAGUUUCAUAUCAUCUCAACUCUCACCACUAUAUCACCACCCAUUCAGUCACAUAUCGUUCCCAUUUUAUUGCCAUUUAAUUUAACUCAUUGUUAACUAUCGCCACAAUUAUUGCAAGAAUUCUAUUCAAAUCAGUUAUGCAUUCAAUGAGUUGUGAAGACAUAAGUCUACCUAAACUGAGAAUAGAUACCUUUCCCAUCAUUUGGAGCCCAAGAGCCUAAGAAGCGCAACAAUUUAGAAUUAGAUAUCUGUUGGUUCAGUGAUUGAAUUGCACCCAAAAUGCUGGCAAAUAAAGACCAACAGAAUCGCAAUGACAUAAAAACCAAUUUCAUGACAAUAGUCGGCAAAUUGAUUCGCACUAAAGAACCCGACCUUUUAGUUGAGGAUCAAUCACAUAAACUCCAGAGAUGUUUGAAAACUAGAGAUCUCGUCUCCUUAGGGGUUGGUAGUUGUGUGGGCACAGGCAUGUACCUG